UACAAAUAAGACCAAGAGCCGCUCGCAAGAUCCAGUAUCUCAAACAAGCAUUCACAAUCCAAUCACUUUUUUCCCACAUAAACACACCUUCUACCACUCUCCCCAAUAACUCAACAACACUUCAAAUCGUCAAAAUGGUCGUCAACACUCCCGCUACCUGCUGCCGCUCUGGCGACAACGUCGAGUGCGCCUGUGCUCAAAAGGCCACAUGCUCAUGCGGUCAAAAGUCCGCUCUCCAAUGCACAUGCUCCAAAGCCGCUUCCGAAAACACCGUCAACGGUCCUCGAUGCUCAUGCCGCGCUCGUCCCGCCGGUGAAUGCACAUGCGACCGCGCCGCUACCGAGAACGUUACACCAACUGGUUCAACUUGCGCUUGCGGAUCUCGUCCUGCUGGUGGCUGCACUUGCGAGAAGGCUGCUGAUGGUGGCUUUAACCCUGCCAACGAGAUCGACUUUACUACCAAGAAAUAAAUUUGCUACAACGGCGACGAUGAAUACGGCUUAAUGGGGUAGAAAAGAAAAUACUGCAUUUGAAUGGCGUUGGGGAACGGUUACGGUACUGGUUCGGUGGCGAGGCGAUAGAUACCUGAGAUACGGAUACAGAAAUGAACAAUAUUCAUGAUAUUCAACCUA